AGACAAUCCUUCCACUCUAAUCACUCUUUCUACCUGCUUCUACUCUUGUCUUCAUUCGCAUCUGUCAUCAUGCCUUCCGGUUCGGUUCUUGUCACUGGUGGAACGGGCUACAUUGGCUCUUUCACCGCCCUUGCUCUCCUUGAGGCUGGCUACAAGGUCGUCGUCGCUGACAACCUCUACAACUCCUCCGCCGAGGCUCUUCGCCGCAUUGAGUUGAUCUCCGGCAAGAAAGCUGAGUUCGCUAAGGUCGAUGUCACCGACGAGGGCGCUUUCGACAAGGUUUUCGAGGCUCACCCCGACAUUGACAGCGUCAUUCACUUCGCUGCCCUGAAGGCCGUCGGCGAGUCUGGUGAGAAGCCUCUGGACUACUAUCAUGUCAACGUUUACGGAACUCUCAACCUCCUGCGCUCCAUGGUCCGCCACAAUGUCUACAACAUUGUCUUCUCCAGCUCGGCCACCGUCUAUGGUGAUGCCACCCGCUUCCCCAACAUGAUCCCCAUCCCCGAGGAGUGCCCUUUGGGCCCCACCAACCCUUACGGUAACACCAAAUUUGCCAUCGAGAACGCCAUCAUCGAUGUCAUCACGCCCAGCGAAGAGAGCCAGAAGUGGAACGGUGCUCUGCUGCGUUACUUCAACCCCGCUGGUGCUCACCCCAGUGGCAUCAUGGGUGAGGAUCCUCAGGGUGUUCCUUACAACCUGCUGCCCCUUCUUGCCCAGGUUGCUACUGGCAAGCGCGAGAAGCUCCUCGUCUUCGGUGAUGACUACAAGUCCCAUGAUGGCACUGCCAUCCGUGACUACAUUCACAUCCUCGACCUUGCUGAUGGUCACCUGAAGGCUCUUAACUACCUGCGCUCGAACAACCCCGGUGUCCGUGCCUGGAACUUGGGUACCGGCAGGGGCAGCACUGUCUACGAGAUGAUUCGUUCCUUCUCCGCCGCUGUUGGUCGCGAUCUCCCCUACGAGGUUGCUCCCCGCCGUGCUGGUGACGUCCUUAACCUCACCGCCAACCCCACCCGCGCCAACAAUGAGCUUGGCUGGAAGGCUGAGCGCACUCUCGAGCAGGCUUGCGAGGACCUCUGGCGCUGGACCAAGAACAACCCUCAGGGCUACCGCCAGGAGCCCCCUGCUGAGCUGCUGGAACAGCUGAAGAAAUAAAUUACUUUAAUCUAUGGAAAUGAUCUACCGGUGGAUGCUAGGAUCUAUGAUACGAAGGUGGAUGGACCAACGAAGUCGCCCCUCGAAUAGACACAAAAGCCCUGUAGAUUGGAUGACACGAAUUUCUUUUCUUGUUUCUUUUGU